UUUUGUCUGCGGCAGCUUCGAGCAUCCGUGAGAUCGAGAAAGCGAGAAGAGGGCGAUCGCCUCCCCAAUCCGGCGAUAGAAAACGAGGUGCAACCCUCCGUUCGCUCUCUUCGAUCCCUGGAAGAAACAACCGCUUCCCCCAGAUCUGGGGCGCCUCCUUGGCGAUCUCGUCCCGGAAGUUUCAGAGGAGAAGCGCACAUUCAGUUUGGGAUGUUGGAUCAUGUCAGGAUGAUGCUGAAAAUACAAAUGUGUGUUUAACUGAGAUGAGGGAUGUUAACAAAAUUGAUAAACCUAUUUAAGGCCUGCUGGCAGCCAAAGGACAUAUUUGCCUGCUCAGGUUCUGAUGCCGUUGGUCGACAGGAUGGGCUUCUAUGGUACAAGGACACUGGGCAGCAUGUUUAUGGUGAGUUCUCAAUGGCGGUUGUACAAGCAAAUAACUUGCUUGAGGAUCAGAGCCAGCUUGAGUCAGGACCUCUAAGCUCGCUUGAAUUGGGGCCAUAUGGGACUUUCAUUGGUGUUUAUGAUGGGCAUGGUGGUCCAGAAACUUCUCACUAUGUCAAUGAUCAUCUCUUUCAGAACUUGAAGAGAUUUGCAACAGAGCAGGAGUCCAUGUCCACUGAUGUAAUAAGGAAGGCAUACCAAGCAACAGAGGAGGGAUUCAUUUCCUUGGUGACCAAACAAUGGCCUGUGAAACCUCAGAUUGCAGCUGUUGGCACAUGCUGUCUUGUUGGAGUAAUCUGCGGUAGUACAUUGUAUAUAGCUAAUCUUGGUGACUCUCGUGUUGUUCUAGGAAGAGGUGUGAAAGCAACUGGAGAAGUUUUGGCUGUGCAAUUGUCUGCAGAACACAAUGUAGCAAUAGAAUCCAUGAGACGGGAGUUGCAGUUGAUGCAUCCUGAUGAUAAACAAAUUGUUGUUUUGAAGCAUAAUGUAUGGCGUGUGAAGGGCCUAAUUCAGAUCUCUAGGUCAAUCGGUGAUGUAUACCUAAAAAGGGCUGAAUUUAAUCGGGAACCAUUGCAUGUAAAAUUCAGACUUCGCGAUUCGUUUAAGAAACCUAUAUUGAGUGCAGAACCAACAAUUAUUGUGGAACCACUACAACCACAAGAUCAGUUCCUUAUAUUUGCAUCUGAUGGGCUCUGGGAGCAUCUUAGUAAUCAAGAAGCUGUUGAUAUCGUUCAGCACAACCGUCACACUGGAAGUGCUCGAAGGCUUGUCAAAGCUGCACUACAAGAAGCUGCAAAAAAACGGGAGAUGAGGUACUCUGAUCUUAAGAAGAUUGAUCGUGGAGUUCGUCGGCAUUUUCAUGAUGACAUAACUGUAAUAGUUGUGUUCCUCGACUCAAAUCUUGUUAGCAGAGCCGACUCACUCAGAGGGCCCUCUUUGUCCGUUAGAGGGGGUGGUAUUAAUGUCCGAGCAAACUCUCUUACUCCCUUGUACAACACCAACUGAGCUUCCUGCGUGUAAGUUCCGCCAUGGGUGGUAUUUGUUUUUACUAAGUCAAGCAGAUAGCCUCUUUAUUGUCAAUUUAUACGACCGAAGAUGAGCCCUCUUCGUUCUUAUUUGAAAUCACCCACCCAGUUAUUUUCCAUUGUGAAUGAUGAUAAUAUGGAUCAGAUUUAUGCAUCUGAUUCCAUAAAUAUAGUACCACUUCUUAAGCAAAAGAGUACUCAACCUUGUAUACUGCACUGAGCAAUGGAGGAGCUCAAAAAGAAUAGUUUUUCGCUAAUUGUUGAAAUUAUUCCCAUUUAUCA